CUCCGCGGAGCCGGGCGCGGUCCGGACACGGCAGCGGCGAUGGCGAGGGACGGCGGCUCCCCCUGGGCCAUGGGGCUGCUGAAAACCUUCGAGGAGAGCGAGUUCAGCAGCUGGGAGAAAAUCGGCUCGGGGGGGUUCGGGCAGGUGUACAAGGUGCGGCACCUCCACUGGAAAACCUGGCUCGCCAUCAAGUGUUCGCCCAGCCUCCAUGUGGAUGAGAAGGAGCGCAUGGAGUUACUGGAAGAAGCCAGGAAGAUGGAAAUGGCCAAGUUUCGCUACAUCCUUCCUGUCUAUGGCAUCUGCAAAGAGCCGGUGGGCUUGGUGAUGGAAUACAUGGAAACGGGGUCCCUGGAAAAGCUCCUGGCGUCCGAGCCCCUGCCCUGGGAACUGCGCUUCCGCAUCAUCCACGAGACAGCGGUGGGGAUGAACUUCCUGCACUGCAUGUCCCCCCCGCUGCUCCACCUCGACCUCAAGCCUGCAAACAUCCUGCUGGAUGCCCACUACCACGUCAAGAUUUCUGACUUUGGGCUUGCAAAGUGCAAUGGCUUGUCCCAUUCCCAUGACAUCAGCAUGGAUGGCUUGUGUGGCACCAUUGCCUAUCUUCCUCCAGAACGCAUCAAGGAGAAAAACAGGUGUUUUGACACCAAACAUGACGUGUACAGCUUUUCCAUCGUGGUUUGGGGAGUUCUUACACAGAAAAAGCCUUUUGCAGAGGAAAACAACAUUUUACAUAUUAUGGUAAAAGUAGUUAAAGGCCACCGCCCAGAGCUACCUGCUGUUUCCAAAUCCAGACCUCAUUCAUGUAAUAACUUGAUCAAACUGAUGCAAAAAUGUUGGCAAGAUGAUCCUGGUGAACGGCCAACAUUUCAAGAAAUCACUUCAGAAACAGAGGCCCUUUGUGAAAAACCAGAAGAUGAAACAAAAGAGAUGGUAACCCAGGACCUGGACACCAAGAAUGCCCCAGAGCAGCAGCCUGAGGGGAUUUGUGCACUAUCCCAGAAGAAACAGGAGCCUGCUCUGCCAUCAGUUAAGGAUUACAGUCUCUCAGAGUUGUUGUCCCAGUUGGAUUCAGGGAUUUCACAGACUAUGGAAGGCCCUGAGGAUCUCAGCCGCAGCUCUUCGGAGUCCAAACUUGCCUCCAGUGACAAGCGGCUCUCAGGAGUUUCAUCUGUAGAUUCAGCUUUUUCAUCCAGAGGAUCCCUUUCCCUUUCCUUUGAAAGGGAGAGUUCAGAUAUUGGUACUACCGACAUACAGAAGAGGAAGCUGACGGAGGCAAUUUUAUCCGGAGAUACCAGCAAGCUGAUGAAGAUCCUCCAGCCUCAAGAUGUUGAUAUUGUUUUAGAUGGGAACUCCAGUCUUCUGCACUUGGCUGUUGAAGCAGGUCAAGAAGAAUGUGUCAAAUGGCUCCUGCUGUACAAUGCUAACCCUAACCUCACCAACAAGAAAGGGUCCACCCCUCUUCACAUAGCCAUUGAGAAGAAGUUUAAAAGCAUCGUGGAGCUGAUUAUGGCCAGGAAAAUCAACAUCAAUGCCAAAGAUGAGGACCAGUGGACUGCUCUUCACUUUGCUGCCCAAAACGGGGAUGAUUUCAGCACCAAAAUGCUGCUUGAUAAGAACGCAUCCUUAAACGAGGUGGAUUUUGAGGGCAGAGCCCCCAUCCACAUAGCCUGCCAGUACGGCCAGGAGAACAUCGUGCGCAUCCUGCUGAGAAGAGGCGUCAACGUGAACAUCAAGGGCAAGGACGACUGGGUGCCCCUUCACUACGCCGCCUGGCAAGGCCACCUCCCCAUCGUGAAGCUGCUGGCCAAGCAGCGCGGCGCCAACGUCAACGUGCAGACCGUGGACGGAAGGACCUCGCUCCACCUGGCCGCCCAGCGGGGUCACUACCGCGUCGCCCGCCUCCUCAUCGACCUGGAGUCGGACGUCAACGUCCGCAACGGGCUCCUGCAGACUGCCCUCCACAUCGCCGCUGAAACCGGCCACACGAGCACCUCCAGGCUGCUCCUCAAGCACGGGGCAGACAUGGAGGCCACCACGGCAGAGGGAUACACGGCCCUGCACUUGGCAUCCCGCAGCGGCCACUUAGCCACAACAAAGCUGCUGAUGGAUGAAAGGGCCAGCGUUCUAGCCAGAGGGCCUUUAAAUAGGACAGCGUUGCACCUUGCCGCGGAAAACGGGCACUCUGAAGUAGUAGAAGAACUUGUCAGUGCAGAAAAUAUCAAUAUUUCUGACAGCGAGGGGUUCACGGCUCUUCACCUGGCUGCGCGAGGGGGGCACGCGAAAGCAGUGGAGGUUCUCCUGAAGCAUGGGGCUCACACUGACAUGCCGAGACCCAAGUGUCAGACCCUGCUCCCGCCUGCUCAGCAGAGCAGGAAUAGCUCAUUUACCGUGUUGUUAAGUGACACUUAA